AUGAAGAAAUGGACUGAAUUAACAACAGAAGACAUAAUGGGCAUGGAAUUUGAAGAUGUGGAUGCAGCAUAUUACAGUUGCUUUGGUGAUGUUUUGGUGUUUGCUUCAACUUAUAGGACAAAUGUUUAUCACAAACCACUUGUUAUAUUUAUUGGAGUGAAUAACUACCAUCAAAUAAUUGUAUUUGCAUGUGCCUUGUUGGCGGAUGAGACAAUUGAAUCAUAUGAUUGGACAUUAAACACAUUUCUUAAAGCAAUGGAUGAAAAAAUUUCAGGUUCUAUUAUCAAUGAUGGUGAUAGAGCAAUGGCAAAUUCAAUCAAAAGGAUACUUUUGCAAUGCCCAUAUCGGUUAUGCUCAUGGAACCUUAGUAGGAAUGCAAUGGCUAAUGUGAAAAUUGAGGGCUUUGUUAAUGAGUUUAACAGAUGCAUGUAUUUAGAAAGAUCACUUGAAGAGUUUGAGCUUGCAUGGGAAACAAUGAUUACAAGAUACAAUCUAAGUGCAAAUGAAUGGGUACAUGAGAUUUAUGGUAAACAAAAACAAUGGGAUGAAGCAUAUUUAAGGGGGUAUUUUUUUGUAGGAAUGAGAAGCACUCAACGAUGUGAGAGUCAAAUUGCAUAUUAUAAUCGAUAUUUGCAAGUAAAGUGUAAUCUUAAUGAGUUCAUUCACCAUUUUGAACUAGCUUUGGCACAUAAUCGUUCUCGAGAGGCAAAGGAGGAUUAUGAAUCAAGAAUGACUCAACCAAUUAUUGGAAACCCUUUAAGGAGUUAUCAAGUUCAAAUGGUAGCUAAAUAUACUAAGAGCUCAUAUGUGGAGUUCUAUAAAGAACUCGUGAAGGAUGAAAGUCAUGUUGUAGUUGAUAUUCAAAGGCAUGGUGAACAACAAAGCACCUACACUAUUUCUGAAUUUUUACAUCCAAAACAUAUAUGGAUAGUUUUAUAUGAUGACAUUGAGAAAAACACAAGGUGA